AUGACCAAUGAGGCGAUCUCCAAUAAUCUCAUCAAAGGCCUUAGCCCGAUCAACGUUAGUAAGGUCACCCUCAAUAAGUUUGCGGACGACACCUUUUUCUUCUGCGAGGCAAGAAGCAGGUACAUGAGACAUCUUAGGUUCUUAUGGCGUCUUUUUGAAUGGGCAUCAGGAAUGGAAAUCAACAGGGAGAAAUCGAAGCUUUACUACCUGGGGAAGGAGAACGGAAAAGAAAUUAGAUUAGCGAAGAUCCUUGAGUGCAGAGUUGGCACAUUUCCAUCCAAAUAUUUGGGAUUACCUCUCUUUCCCAAACCACCACCUAAGGAGGCAUGGAGGGAGAUAAUUCUUAAGCUACACCGCAAAAUAGGUGGUUGGCAAGCCAAACUUCUAUCUAGGGGGGAAAACUUAUAUUGGUUAAUGCGGUCCUAA